CACAUCACACCAACUGAAUUCCCAACCUAAAACGAACGAACCAACAGAAUAUCCCUUCCCUUUCCCUCCGAUCGUCUUCCUCCUCCGUCCUGCCCUGCCUUCCCCGCCCCCCUCCCUCUUCUCUUCCUCAUCUCACCUCCUAUCCUCCAUCUAUUCUAAGCCACCAGUCACCACCACCGUCACGCCCUUCUCUCUCCGAGAACCUUCUACAAGAUAGGAGCCUUCCUUAAUGGACGAUAGAUCACUGGGCGGAGGAGUUUCUCGUGUCGGAUUGAUCAAUUAAUACUAGAUAGAGGAGAGAAACAGAGAGGCACCGGCCGGCAAGCCCAAGAAGCAAUCCUUCCAUGGAGGACGGCAAGAUGGGGAACGCCACCACCAUCCGGGCGGUGCUCGCCAUCCUCCAGUGGUGGGGCUUCAACGUCACCGUCAUCAUCAUCAACAAGUGGAUCUUCCAGAAAUUGGAGUUCAAAUUUCCUCUGACGGUGUCGUGUGUCCACUUCAUAUGCUCUUCUAUUGGAGCUUAUAUCGCAAUCAAAGUUCUGAAAACAAAGCCUCUGAUCGAGGUUGCCUCAGAGGAUCGAUGGAGAAGGAUAUUCCCAAUGUCAUUUGUAUUCUGCAUAAACAUCGUGUUGGGGAAUGUCAGCCUUCGCUACAUUCCAGUCUCCUUCAUGCAGACGAUAAAAUCUUUCACUCCUGCAACAACGGUGAUUCUUCAGUGGUUGAUCUGGAGGAAAUAUUUCGAGUGGCGCAUCUGGGCUUCUUUGGUCCCAAUAGUGGGAGGGAUUCUGCUGACAUCCAUAACCGAGCUGAGCUUCAACACGUUUGGCUUUUGUGCUGCCAUGGUGGGCUGCCUGGCCACUUCCACAAAGACCAUCAUGGCAGAGUCCCUGCUCCAUGGAUACAAGUUCGACAGCAUAAACACGGUGUACUACAUGGCGCCAUUUGCGACGAUGAUCCUGUCGGUUCCAGCAAUCGUGCUUGAAGGCAGCGGCGUGGUGAGCUGGCUCUACACCUACGACUCCGUGGCCCCAGCGCUGGCGAUCAUCAUCACGUCAGGGGUGCUGGCCUUCUGCCUCAACUUCUCCAUCUUCUACGUGAUCCACUCGACGACGGCCGUGACCUUCAACGUGGCCGGCAACCUCAAGGUGGCGGUGGCGGUGCUGGUGUCGUGGAUGAUCUUCCGGAACCCCAUCUCGGCCAUGAACGCCGUCGGCUGCGCCAUCACGCUCGUCGGCUGCACCUUCUACGGCUACGUGAGGCACCUCAUCUCACAGCAGGCCGCCACCACGCCAGGCCCGCGCACGCCCAGGGGCCGCAUGGAGAUGCUGCCGCUCACCGGCGAGAAGCAAGGCGACAAGAUUUAGCAGCAGCUGCCGAUGUCGAUUCGAUAUUUACUAGGAAGGAAUAAACCAGCAUACUUACAUCUGAUCUAACAGCCGUUUCAGCACGGAUCAUCAGGAGCUUUUUGGCACAUAGUAGAGAACCGAAAUGGCAAAAGUUCCAGUCGAGUUGGUGUAGAGCUUCGUAAAAAGGUUGCUGAUUCUUUGUCUUUCUUUUUGGUCUUGAUGACGAUGAUAAAUUUGGUCACCCAGAUUUUGGUGCUGUCAUUAUUAGCACUACUGUUGCGUUCAUCCUUUUUCGUACAAAUCUGAAAUCAUUUUGCUGUCA